GUCGUCACGUGACUGUUCAGGGUUAUCCCCGUUGCUUUGCGCAAGUAUUUAUACCAAUUCAAUUGAAGACAAAUUGUAAAUACCUUGAACGACACAUAACCUGUGUCUAGUAUUAUACUAUUCUUUCUCAACAUGGGAUUGAUAGUAAUUUGGUCGAUUUUAGUGAGUUUCGCUUUAUAUGGUGGUGUAACAUGCCUUCAGAAUGAUGUAACUUUGGGACACGGGCUCGGAGCGGAACUUCAGCAAGUCAGGUCCCCGAUGUUCUCCGAGCACAUUUCUGCGAUGAGACGGUCGGCUGCGCAGAACUGCCCAUGCACCGACCCAUCACUGUGCGACACCAUCAAAACAACAAGAUCGAAAGAGAUUUUUCUGUUCUCUGUGUCACCUAAUAAUUGGCAAGACUAUGAUUGGGAUCAUAUUACAACCAUCACUAUGUUUGGUUACUACGACCCAAAGCUCAUGUGCUUCGCUCACUCCAAGGGGGUUCGAGUGGUUGAUCUGGGUGGAUUUGGGGCUGAUCUGCUGACCAAUGACACGGCCCGGAUGGAAUGGGUCAUGUCAAAGGUCGAGUUUGCAAUCAUCAAUCACCUGGACGGUAUCAAUCUGGACAUUGAGUUCGCGCUGACCAAAGAAGAAGCUCCGCUACUGACUAGUUUUGUCCAGAUGACUACCGAGGUUUUCAAGCAAUCCAUCCCAUAUUCUCAGGUGACCUUUGAUGUUGCCUGGUCACCUGACUGUAUCGACCUUCGUUGCUAUGACCACAAGGCCAUCGCCGACACCGUUGACUUUGUCUUCGUCAUGUCAUACGAUGAACAGAGUCAAAUCUUUGGAGACUGUAUAGCAAAAGCCAACUCGCCAUAUGAACAAACAGCACAAGGUGUUGAAGCAUUCCUCAAGCUUGGUAUACCUGCCAAGAAACUUGUCCUGGGAGUACCCUGGUAUGGAUACAACUACAAAUGCUUGACCGUGUCUGAGACCGACGUAUGCACCAUUCCUGAGGUGCCGUUCCGUGGCGUGAACUGCAGUGAUGCGGCGGGUAAUCAGAAGAGCUUUGUCAACGUCAUGAAACUCCUGGUGUUGAACUCUACGACGGGCAGAAAAUGGAAUGCAACUUACAAAGCGCCUUAUUUUGAUUACAAGAAUUCUGAAACGGGUGAGGCGUAUCAAGUGUGGUAUGACGAUACUCAGAGCCUACAGCUCCGCUACGACUAUGCCAAGAAGAUGGGUCUUUACGGAGUAGGGCCCUGGAACGCUGACCUCUUGGACUACGGCAAUGACCCUAUUGGUAGGAACCAGACCGACGCUAUGUGGGCUGCUAUGGCUACCUUUCUCAAUCCAUAGAAUCUUCAGCUAUGUUAUGACUACGGACCUCUUAGACUACGGCAAUGACCCUAUCGGUAGGAACCUGACCAAUGCUAUGUGGGCAGCAAUGGCUAGUUUUCUUGGUCCAUAGAAUCUUCAGCUAUGUCAUGAAUAUUCCAAGAGAAGUAAAAUAGAACUGUAUGGAGUAGUGGAGUAGGACUAAUGUUGACCUCUUGGGGCCCAACAGAUUGGCAGACAGUUCGUGAGACAGACAACAUGGGACCCCCCCAGAAAAGUUGUCAGAAGGCUUAAUGUUCCAUCCUAUAUUUCCAUCAAAGCAGUACCAAAAUUGAACAUUAAAGGAAUCCUCACCCCAAAGAAUAAGUGCAGGUUUGCUGAAAGAUGAGAUGUAUUUCUGCCUUAUUGAUAUACAAUAUUCAAUUCAAUUCAAUUAAUUCAAAUCAAUUCAAUUUCUUACGAUAAUGUAGAACAGAUACAUGUAUAUAUAAAUAAAGAUAUUCUUGGCAUGAUUUAAUGCCUUUUAGCAUGACAUGGGCGCAGCCAUUUUCAUGAUAAUGUGACGUACGAGGUGAACUUGAGCAUGAGGUAUCAUGCACCAAGCUCUAGUUGGAAAGACUUUUUAGUUCAAUAACAAAACCUUUUCUUUUCAAUGAGGGAAAAAAUCAAAGUAUAGAAGGUAAAAUUCUAUUUGAUGAAAAAUAUAUAAACAGGGAAACAUUUUUGAAAACUUUGUAAACAUUUUUUUCAAGCUGGAUAUUACAUGUAGCUUGAAAAGCAUGAAAUAAUGGGAGGAAAUUAGGGGACUGAAUUUAAUAUUACAUCAUUUUGCUGUAAAUUUGCGCUUCCAUGCUUUGAAAAAGCAAAAUAUUGUUGAUGUUACAUGUUAAUCUUUUUGUAUUUUUUUACUCAGAAGAAAAAGUACUGUGCAAUUGAACUUCAAGAUGAAUCUUAAAUGUAGACUAAUAAAGAACUAGUAAGAAUUAUUGAACAUGAACUCUAAUCAUGUCUUUGUCUUCUUAAAUACCAAUGCUAAUUCUAAUUUCUCCAAGAGAAUUCUCCUGUUCAUGUGGCUUUUCUGAAAUAUUAUAUUUGUAUGGAAUAGACAGAUCAUCAUGUUUUGUAAAAGAUUCAUGUAUGAUAAUAACAUUUUCAUAAAAAUGUU